AUGCUGCAGAUGGAACUUGACUGGAAUGAUGCCACCCUUUGCAGCCAAUUUGCACAUGGGCUUCACUGGGAGGUCCAAAAACAGAUUGCCACAAGGGAGAGGCAACCACAAACACUGAGGGAGCUCCAGGACAUUUCCCUCAUCAAAGACAAUGCCCUCUGCAAGGAGAGAGCCAGCCACCCACCACAGGGUAAUAAGUCUUGCAAAACUUCCACCAACCCCAACCAGGGGACAAUUACUGGCCAACAGGCCACCAAAACCAGUCUCCUCUCCUCUGAUACCAACUAUGUCUUGAAGGAAAAACACAACCACCACUGCACAGAAGGUCUCUGUGUGAAAUGCAGCAAACCCAGUCACAAGUUUGCAGAAUGCUGCACCAGCUGCAAGGCUACCUCAAAGGAGGAUAAAGGGGAGUCUAAAGAAACCGCCAAGAUAGCCAAAGACUCCAAGUACCAAUUGGGAAAAGAGUAA